AUGUGUAUCUUCAGAGCCUACAAAGCUGAUCAAGAUCAAGAACAACUACCAGUGGUAAAUGCUAUUGCUCCUAACGAUGUUUUUGGCAAGCAAGUGCAGAACGCGGCCGUCAGAGGAGAUUCAGAUGAUGCUUCCUACCCACAUCUGAAUACUAAUGGAAAAUUCAUCCCUAAUCGGCGCAUCAUUCAUUUGGAUUUGAAAGGAGGCGCUUACAAAGUAGGGACGCUACCGGAAUUCCUAUCUGAGCUAUUCUUCUUUUUCAAUCGAAUAAGAGCAACUGGUGUGUUGAUUGAGUGGGAGGAUAUGUUUCCAUACACAGGAAAUCUUUCGGAUGCUGUCAACGGAAAUGCAUAUUCGAUGGAAAACGUACGUGAGAAAAACACCUAUCCACCAAAAACUUUCAGUCAUUUUAGUACAAGUGUUGAGUACAUUUUGAAAGAAGCCAAGCGCCAUCGCCUGGAAGUUAUACCUUUGGUGCAGACAUUCGGACAUCUUGAAUGGGUUUUGAAACUCGAAAAGUUUGCUCAUCUCAGGGAAGACAGCAGAUUUCCCCAGGUCAUUUGUUUUCCUGAGCCAGAGGCAUGGGAGCUGAUAACGGAUAUGAUCGAUCAAGUCGCCGCCGUGCACAAGAAGAUUGGAAUGCCGUUCUUCCACAUGGGAGGAGACGAAGCUUACCAAGUACUUUUUGCUGUGUCAUUUCUGUCCAAAAAAUUUGUUUUUGAUGUAAUAGGAGGCGCAGGACUCAUAAUUCAGUCGCUCAUAAGGCCAAUACUGAUCUUCCAUGACAUUUGCUGCUGGCACUGCUAAAA